CAUCGAGCUUUUCAGAUGGACCUGACCAGGCUGCGUCUCACUGCAGCACGGGCCUAUGUCAAAGCUCUGGAGUCCAGCCUCACGCCCAUGUCGGCGAGUCUGACCGAGCCGCUCAAGAUGAAUGCUGUGGUUCAAGGGUUGGGCCCAUCCUUCAAGCUCACGCUGAACAUCCAGAACACUGCAGCGUGCCGUCCGGUCAUGAACCUAGCCAUCAGUUUUCUGUACGAUGAAAAUUUGUAUAGCAUGAGGACGGCCUUUUUCAAGAUCCCCCUACUAGUUCCAGGGCUGAAUUACCCCAUUGACACUUUUGUGGAGUGCUUGAGUGACAAAGGCAUCUCUGACAUCAUCAAAGUGUUUGUGCUAAGGGAAGGAAAGAGUGCUCCUCUCCUCACCGCCCACAUCAACAUGCCUGUGAGUGAAGGACUCGCACUGAACUGAGAGCGAAUUAGAAACGUCUAGCUGAGCUUCACAGGCGUCUUCAACUCUUGCUGUGCUCCUAGCAGCAGUUAGGCUUCUCCACAGAGCUGCCUGGAACGGAGAGCUUUCCAUCACAUGAGUUACAAGAAGUUUGCGCUGGCCAUCGAGCCGGUGUUUCCUGUAGCUUAGAUCAGGACUGAGGGAGGCGUGUCCUCACAGGUAAUACCUCUGUACCUUUUAAUGGCUAGUCACUGGAGCGUUUGAUUGACAGCUGCGAGGCCUAGAGUUCCAUAGGUCAUAUAGUUUGGAUGUAAGAGACGUUCCUGAUGUUUACUUGUGGUAGUCAUGUAUAUUUAUAUGUAAAAGCAUAUUUAUUCUUGAUGUAAUGAUCACACACUUUAUAAUGCAAUUUUGAGGCUUUAUUUUAAUAUAUAUUGAGAAUCAUUGCAUAAACAGUCUGUUUAAGGCAAUGUGGUAAGAAAAAGAUUAUUCACUACUUUUAAAGCACACACACACACGAAAGUAAACAAGGUAUAAUGAGAGAAUGGUCAGUUCAUUCUCUCUCUAUUUCACAGUACUUUUCUACACUACAGUGACGUACGUUCAACUCUUCUUACGCUCAUUUUUUUUUUUUGUCAAAAUACUGUUUGCAUGCAUGUAAACUUUAUAUACACUACCAUUCAA